UCCAAACUCUAAAAGUCUUUCACAAACACAACUAAAAGGUAUAAGUGUUUUUACCUCAAGACCCUGGAUUUACAUUCGACAGUAAUUGUUUUCCGUCUGCGUGUUUUUAAUAAUCGCAACAUUUCCAACCGCACCUGAAGGCAGCUUCACUUCACAGCAGCCGGACCAGUAAAGACGGAGGGACUGUGCCGGAGUCUGUCGCAGGAAACACGCUACCAAAAUUCCCCACAGAAUUGCCCCAGCCAGCAUCCAUGUAGUUAGCUGUUACACCAACUCCUGGGCAUUUGGGGGGAUGUGGGAUUCCUAUCUGUGACCCAGAGGCACAUGCUGAUCAAUGAUGGGAACGUUUUACCUGCUGCUACGUCCAUCGGCUCCACUAAGAUGACCCCAGGAGAGGUGAAAUGUGGAUGACAGUGUGAGCCAGGGGAAUUCAGCGUUUAGGCCAAGAUAUCCUCCCACUUUGCCAAAAAGAAACCUGUUCUAGUUUACACAAAAACGAACCUUCACACUCACUCCCAAUCAGCUGUCGCAAUGCCAAUGCCAGGACCACUGUGGGCGUGCCUGGCUCUGGUAUGGGUGGGAAGCUGCAGCGCCCACAGCUCGUUUACCUGUGAGCCCAUCAAAGUGCAUCGGUGCUUGGGGAUGCCCUACAACAUGACCUUCUUUCCCAACAUGAUGGAGCACUACGACCAAGAUAUUGCAGCCAGUAAUAUGGAGCCAUUCAUGCCUCUGGCAAACCUACACUGCUCUCCAGACGUCCACCACUUCCUGUGCAAAGCCUUUGUCCCAGCAUGCACCGAGGAGAACACAGUGAUCCGUCCAUGCAGAGAAGAGUGCGAGGCCGUUCUGUCUGACUGCGAGGAAGAUAUCCGAAUCUUUGGUGUCACCUGGCCUCCUGAGCUACAAUGUGACAAAUUGGACCCAUGUAGCACUGUUGGUGGGUCGGCGCUUCCUCUUACCACCCCAAUGAGUCCCUCAUCAGCUAAGAGGGACCUUGGCUUCUGGUGCCCUCUGCAGCUGAAGACCAAACCAGGCCAUGGAUCAUCGUUCCUGGGCGCCCAGGACUGUGCUCCACCUUGCUCCAACAUGUACUUCAAACCCCACGACAUUGAAUUUGCCAAGAACUUCAUUGGCGUUUGCUCCAUCAUCUGCUUGGGCGCCACACUCUUCACCUUCCUCACUUUCCUCAUCGACGUCAAACGUUUCCGCUACCCAGAGCGCCCCAUAAUCUUCUACGCCGUCUGCUACAGCUUUGUCUCGCUCAUAUACUUCAUUGGUUUCUUGCUGGGGAACAACGCAGCCUGCACCAAAGCGGCUCAUUCUACCGGUGUGGAUACAGUGGUGCUGGGCUCUCAGAGUAAAGGCUGCACGCUGCUUUUUAUGCUGCUUUACUUCUUCACUAUUGCCGGUAUCGUCUGGUGGGUCAUACUUACCAUCACCUGGUUCCUGGCAGCUGGACCCAAGUGGAGCUGUGAGGCCAUAGAGAAGAAAGCGGUGUGGUUCCACUCGGCUGCCUGGGGGAUCCCCGGGGCGCUAACUGUCAUGCUGCUGGCUCUAAACAAGGUUGAAGGGGACAACAUCAGCGGCGUUUGCUUUGUGGGGCUCUACGACCUGGACGCCCUGCGCUACUUUGUCCUGGCUCCUCUGUGUGUGGGAGUCAUUGUCGGCCUCUUCCUCAUCCUGGCAGGCAUCGUUUCUCUCAACCACGUCCGACAGGUCAUCCAGCACGACGAGCGCAACCAGGAGAAGCUGAAGAAGUUCAUGAUCCGCAUCGGCGUGUUCAGCUGCCUCUACCUGGUCCCGCUGGUCACCCUGUUAGCCUGCUACACCUACGAGCAGAGUCACCGCAGCACCUGGGAGAACACCUGGAUCAACGACCGCUGUCAAGAGUACAGCAUCCCCUGCUCCUACAAGACUACAGAGCACGACCGCCCCGACCUCUCCCUGUUUCUGGUGAAAUACUUAAUGACACUGGUGGUUGGAAUAUCUGCAGUGUUCUGGGUGAGCAGUAAAAAAACCUGCUCUGAGUGGGCCUACUUCUUCAACAGGACCCGCAAGAGAGAUCCCAUCAGUGAGAGCCGGCGGGUGCUCCAGGAGUCCUGCGAGUUCUUCCUCAAGCACAACAGCCGCGUCCAGCACAAGAAGAAGCAUUACAAGCCAAGCUCCCACAAGCUCAAGGUCAUCUCCAAGUCAAUGGGCACGAGCACUGGCGCUGCACCCGCCAAUGCCUCCACCGCUGCCACUACAACACAUCAAGGAACCUCUGUGCUGGGCAAUCACGAGCCCCGUGUACACGGUUCUCUAUCUGAGGCCUCAGUCAGGGAUCACCUGGACAGGGGCACCUCCAGCCGAAGCUCCAGGAGGGGGGAGAGAGAGAGGGAGAGGGAGAGGGAUAGGGAUAGGGAUAGGGAUAGGGAUAGGGAGAGGGAUAGGGAAGGGGGAGAGAGGCGUAGCAAAGGGGGGAGUUCCUGUAAGAUGAGCAGCCGCUCAGAGAGCAUGCACAGAGUCCCAGAUGGGAGGAUGACUCCGAGGAGCGAGCUGUCAGAGACCAAGCACGUCUCCAGUGGACAGCAGCAUCCAGCUUUAAACCUAUCACACAGCAGCAACAUCCAGGGCUCCACCAACCAGCUGGUGCACCAGGUGCCUGAGGAGAGCAAGGACACAAAGGACAGCACCUGCUGAGACGUCUGACGCACCUCAAAUGUGUUCGAGUCGAUUCAAGGAUGGAUGGAUGCACAGACAACAGUCACACUUGAUGCUGUGUCAAAAUCACAGUUCCCAUUUGUGUCAUACAUCAUAUAAGCUUUGUGCAUCUGAUUAUGAUUGUAUUAGUUACAUUGUAGUCAGUGAUUGUUCAUUGCCUGCAAAAUGUAACACACCAAAUCCAAUGUGGUUUUUUGGACCAGAAUCUGACGGAGUAUUUAGUGUGAGUGAUGGCUGUGUCUUUCAGCUUUACUGAGCUUUUGGCCAUUUAGUAUGUACCUGAAUGUUGCAGCAGCACACUGUGGUCCAUCAACACAACUACCAAUGUUUUUUUAAUUUUAUAGCAUGCAUGAAAAAAUUAAGCUCUGCUGUUCUGUAGAUUAGUAGCUCAGUGCCAUAGAAUGCAUACUAGAAAACAAAUGCAAUAUUUAUGUAAAUAUUCUAUUUUUUAGAAAUGAAGUCUUUCACUGGACUAGUCACUACACUGAGAGUUAUGUUAAGAAAGGUCAUGAUGUUGCCGAACAUUCAACUUAAAGGUAUACUAUGCAGGAUCUGACAGUUCCUGUUUGUUAACACAACAUUCAAACCUGGCCCCUCCUCACUUCACUGCUUGUAUGUACAUCGUAAGCUACGGAACUAUCUAAGGAAUGUUACAUUUGUAAUUGAAAGGCCGAUACUUAAAGCAAGCUGCUAAACUUUGGCACCUACCUGUUCAGACCAGACAGACCAACUCUAGGCCGCUCUUAUCCUCUCCGUCAAAAAUCCUGCAUAGUAUGCCUUUAAGGAAAUUUUCCUGUGGUAAACAGUUUUUUCAAUGCCUUAUUGUUCUUCCUAGAAAGAUGAUUUUUCUCCAAAUGUCAUCUUGUAAUAUACAAUGUGUGCUACUCCUUAAAAAAAAGGCACACUCUUGAACUUGAUAUAGUUGAUUUUUAGACAAUGUUGAACAUGUGAUUUUAAGUUCUCUUUCAAAAACUUGUUUUGUGUUUCUUUUUUUUUUAUUUCUGUUGUACAAACACUUGUAAUGCAGAUGUGUCUUCAAAGAAGUCUCCUGUCAACUUGGAUAAAGUAUAGCUUUAU